CUCCUAACCUCAGGUGAUCUGCCCUCCUUGGCCUCCCAAUGUGCUAGGACUACAGGCAUGAGCCACUGCACCCAGCCCCAGAGUUUUAAUUUUUGCUUGGAAGCCCAAAACUUGUCUUUAGUAACAAAUACCAUCAGUUUUCCUUGAAAUAACAGCCUCACUGUAUUUAUUUUUAACAAAGUGUUUAUAAAUACCGAAAUCUGAAUAAUCAUAGUUUUUCUCAUUCUUUCAAGUAAAGAUGAUGUUCUGUGAAAAACAGUGACUAAGCUUGCAGCUUAGUCAUGCAAGUCCUUUUUCUUCCCAAAGACAACCAUGGUACUCUGGCCUGCAGUGGAAGUGCUGAAUGAGUGCGCUUAACAUUUUGUUACAUGGGAUGUUAAAAAUAUGUGUACUCAAGAAUCAAUAUUUAAUAAAAUUAGUAAUUUUACUGCUUCAUCAAGGACACUCUUAGGUAAAAUUGACUUUAAAAAAUAGCAGGGGUGGAUAAUAGCUGUGUGUAUGGCAGUAGAGAAUAUAAUGACUACUGAUAUGCUAAGAUGCCACUGCCUUGAUUUAUGCUAAGUCACCAGUAGUUUUACCUUCCUUUGCUUUUGCACCAGCAAUGUGUCAACACAGUUGAAGAUAGUUUUGACCUUGCAGGACUCCCAGAAGGGGUCUUGGGCCACACUUCAAAAACCAGUGGGUAAAACUAAACUGCUCACCAUUUAUCUGUGUGCUCUAGAUUCUCUUGCUUUCCAUAUCUUGGCUCCAUGCCUCCUCUGCCCAGAACAUUCAUCUUCACUACCACCUCUCCCUCCCCUUGUGUGUGUGCGUAUUCACACAUAUGUGUACAUCUACACAUGUAUAGGUGUGUAUGUGUGUAUAAAUGCACGUGUGUGUAUAUUCAGCUAGGACUGGUUAUAAUAAUCGUGUGCAGUGAUCUCAUCCUGUAGAUGUGGGCCAGGUUUCAUAUUUAUCUUGGUGGGCAGUAGCACCAAGUACCAUGUUUGGCACAGCUAAUCAGUCAUUAAAUGUUAGCUGUCAUCAUCAUCAUCAUCAUCAUCAUCAUUGCAAGGGCUUAAUACUUUUUUUUUUUUUUUUUAAACAAAUGAAGAGUUUGGGUUAGUAUUUCUCAUGGUUUCCUUAGAACAUUGGUUCUCUGUGAUACCUACCAGUAAGUGUUGAUGAAAGGGCAUCUGUGGUCAGCUAGAUUUGAGAAUGCUCAAAUACAUUUUUCAUUGAAGGAUUUUCAGGAUCCUUUAUUGUAUAAAGUGUAUAUUGUGAAUCUUUAAGGGGAAUGGGAAGCUAUAGAAUCUAGCAUUUCCCAAGCUGAAUAACCUGUGAACCUUCUUUUCUUGGCAUAACUUAUAGGACCAGGUUUCUUGGAGUUUUCUUUGGGAAAUAAUCACAUAGUCUGGCCUUUUCAUUUUUACAGAUGAGGAAAUUGAUGACCUAUAUUCAUUCCUCUGCAUUAAUUUAUACCUCAGCUAGUUAAGGAAUACUUCUUAAAGUUAGACACUGCUAGGUUGGGUAAUAGAAUAGUAGCAAGUGAAAAAAAACAGACUUGGGGAAAGCGUUACUAUACUGCUUAUAUGGAGUAGAUGAUUAAGUGGGAGGUACAAACAUUAAUGAAAUCGUUACUGAAAUUAUAAUUGUUAUGUAAAUGGUAUGUAGGAAGGUACAUGGUGCUAAAUCAUUUGUUUUUUUUUGUUAUUGUUGUUUUGCUCAUUUUCAAAGCUUUGCCAGGCCCAUUUAGAUCUUCCUCUCAGCAUUUUGCCACUGCUGGCAGCUCUGGGAUCCAGACUGCUGAAGAUCAGUAAAGAUGAUGUCCGUUUGCCCAGCUACAUCAUCUGAGAGUGUAGCAUGUUGAAGACAUGAUCUGUUACAGCUUGAGACAACUUUCUCUUAGUGCCUGAUGUUUAGAAUAACUCAAGUCACCUGUACUGGAGAUCAGUUUGCUGAAAUUAUUCAAGCAACGAUUCUUGAAGUUGAAGAAAAGUCCAGCAGAUGUUUGUUGAGCACCUGUUACAUAAAAGGCAUCAUGCCAGCCCAGGAGAAUAUUAUUACCAGCAAGGCACAUUUGCAGUCCCUGAGAAGUGGAGACGUCAGAGGCUCCAGCCAGCUAGGCAGUAGCUGCCAGUCAGCACUGCUGUCAAGGUAUAAACCAAGUGCUGAUUUAGCACCAAGGAGGUGGCUGUUGCUUCUGCCUGGAGGAGGUGGCGAAGGCCACGUGUGCUGGUUAUCCAAGGAUGAGAGACUGCGCAUGUGGAUGACAAUGAGGUUCCAGCCUUGACAAGUGUGGCCCUUCCUGGAAUCCCUCUGGACACACCCUCCUAGCAUCCUCUAGGAAAGAUGCGGCAGCU